CAAAACACUCAGUCUAUAUAAAGUUCAAUAGUUUCACCAACUCUUCUUAUCAAUCUCUCUUAACAGUAAGAACAAGAUGAAGCUCUUAGGAUGGAUGCAUCGCAAGUUCAAGCAGAACAGCAGCGAAACGCCAAAAGAAUUUUCAUUCGGUUUUAGCGGGCAGCCCUCGUUGGACGACCUGCAGUCGUACCAGAAGGGAGGCUAUGGCGGCAAGCCCUUCACGAAGGCGCAUAGGGACAUGUACCGGAGGAACUCCUUUACGAGCCUAGAGGCUGCGAGGGAGGAAGAGGAGGAUCUUGAGGAGGAGGAAAGGGCAACUGCUCUGACAGAGCUCUUUCAUGGCUUCCUUCACAUUGGCACUCUAGGGACUGAGCCGGUGAUCACGGACGUCCCACCAACGCCAACAUUCUCCAUCUCUGUGGACCACAUAGCUGAGAAGGAGACCAAAGUGACAGAGAAUGAACUGAAGCUGAUCAAUGAUGAACUUGAAAAGGUACUUGCAGCAGAGGGUGACAGCUGCAAUCUCUCAUCAGGGAGGAACAGCCAUGUUAGUGCUGGAAGGAUCAGCCACUGCAGUGUUAUUACACUAAGCGGGAAGCCGCCUCUCGACAAUGCUGAGAGUGGGAGUGAGGCAACCAUCUGUCCUUUACAGAGCUACCUUUUUGGAUCAGCAAUUGGGAUGCAAGAGACGACUACACCACCGGUGCAGAAGGAGCAACGGACCUCUCUCGGGGAGCUCUUUCAGAAGACGAAGCAAGCAGAAGAGAAGAGGGCUGAGAAGGAAACAGAGAAGUCAGCAGUUCAUGCCAUGAAAAAAAUGCUCAAGAGGAAAAUCUCUUCAAAUCCAACCACAGCUGAAACUAAACUGAAUAAGAUUCUGCAGAUGUUCAAUAGAAAGGUUCAUCCCGAGAACUCGACUUGCUGUUCGCAGAAUCAUAACCCGACCAAGAAUGAGAUGAAGAGGAUCAGUGGUGGCCAUGUGAUGGAAUACAGCAAUGGAGGGCUACGGCCAUCGGCCGAAGACAUCAUAAUAUAUCCACAUCAAGCAAGGGAAAACAUGUUGAGCUACAAGAAUAACCAAUCCCAGAAUGCAACAAAAGCCGGUGGUGAUGAGCUUUGGGUGAAGACUGAUGCAGACUAUUUGGUGUUGGAGCUCUGAUGGUGAUGGAAGAAGCAAGCUGAGGUGCAUGGCUCUUAUGAUGCAAUAGUAUUUUGAGAUAUAUGCAAAUCUGAGAUUUCCUGUGUGGAUUUCAUAUUUGAGUGGUUGUUACUUUUUUUUUCCCUUUUCAUGAUGAGUUUGCAAGAAUGAUAAUAAGACAGGCACUGGCUGUCUUGUGUCUGGUUUUAUUGUGUGUAGAGUGAAAAACUGUUUUAUUGUGUUCUAUAAAACUUGAGAUACUUUUACUGCUUUA